UCGGAUUGUGGCGGCUGGUGCGUGUGUGGGGAUCCGGCUCUGAAUCGUGUGGAUCCUGCAGUAGCAGGACUCUGCUUUGGCAAUGGGGAGAAACCUGCCGUCCCAGGGCUUUCUUACUGGUAAAAUCCGACUGUCCUGAUGGGAGGAGGAACUUGGAAACCCUGCGGCGCCCGGGUUUAUUUGAGGUGAGGGGGGCUGGGAGACAGGAAUGGCAAAGAAUGUCUUCGGAGGUGGAAACAGAACCAGCUGCCGAAAUAACUUCGAGCAGCCCAGGGGGAAGAACCGCAGCACCUGCAGAUGUUCGAGAGGAGCAACGCCCUGUCAAGCAGUCCUUGAGUGCCUCCAUGUGCAGAGAAUCUCACUGGAAAUGCCUCCUCCUUUCCAUCCUUAUGUAUGGCUGUCUGGGUGCUGUGGCCUGGUGUCAGCUAGCCCGAGUCACCAAGCUCAGCUUUGAUAGCUCCUUCAAAGGCAAGUCUAUGAUCUACCAUGAUAGCCCAUGCUCUGAUGGCUAUGUCUACAUCCCCCUAGCUUUCCUCACCAUGCUGUACGUGGCCUACCUCGUGGAGUGUUGGCACUGCCAUGCCAAAAGUGAACUCCAGUACAAGGCAGAUGUGGAUAGCGUCUAUGACCGUAUCAACCGCAUGCAGCAAGCCACUCCCUGUAUCUGGUGGAAGGCCAUCAGCUACCACUUUGUGCGACGCACCCGGCAGGUGACCCGGUACCGCAAUGGUGAUGCUUAUACCACCACACAGGUCUAUCAUGAGCGGGUCAACACACAUGUGGCUGAAGCUGAGUUUGACUAUUCUCACUGUGGAUUCAAGGACAUCUCCAAGGAGCUGCUAGGCCUAGAAUGCUACACAGCCACGAAGCUGAAGUUCACCAAGUGCUUCAGCUUUGCCAACACAGAGUCAGAGAACUCCUACCUGACCCAGAGGACUCACUUUUUCACAGAGAUUGAGGGACUAGAUGACUACAUGGAGGUCAGGGAAGGCAUGCAGCUCAAAAACAUAGACUUCAAAGAGCUUAUGAUGGCCUAUGGGGACCCAGAGCAUCUCCCAUGGUACGUGUCCCACUAUACUUUCUGGGUGGCAGCUGUCUUGAUGAUUUCCUGGCCACUGCGGGUGCUCAUAGAGUAUCGGACUGCAUACGUGCACUACCAUGUUGAGAAGCUCCUAGGCCUAGAGUACACAGUGCCCAGCAUAUCAGAGGAGCCCCUGUAUAGGUAUUGCAUGCCCCGGGAUAACACUCAGGACAGCACUGAACUGGAAUGGCACAUCUGUACCAACCGACAGCUGAUCCCCAGCUACUCGGAGGCCAUGCUCCUGGACCUGACAGACUCCCCUGUGUACAAUGGCUACUCCAUGUGUGGGUACAGUGAAAUAGCUCAUGGCUGUGAGCGCUGCAACCAGGCCUCCAGCAACUCCUCCAUCUUCUCCCGCUACGCCUUCCACAGUGGCAGCAGAAACUCACACCUCUCCCUCAACACCAGCCGCUUCUCUUUGUGCCAGGUACAUGGCUCCCACAGGACAGGCCUCGGGAGGAGCUGCAGCAGCAGCAUUGCGGACCGUGGCUGCCAGGAUGAACAAUGUUGCUCUUACUCUAGCCAGCUAGCCAUCAAUGAAAACCCACCCACCUACCAGGAUGCCCGCUUUUUCCCAGUGUUAAUUGUGCACAGGCCUGAAGGGCACGAGGGGAGGCGCUUCUACAUCCGGCGCUCAUCCUGCCUAGAGACGGCUCUGUGAUCAGACCUUAUGGUUCUAUGGCUCCUCCCUCCUCAGGACAGCUCCACUGCACUAGUGCUGUUUGACAGAGAUGCUAUCAGCAGGGAAACCGUUAACUUCAAGACUGUGCCACCACACACUAGCUCCACAGGGCAAACUCUCCAAUUCUAAUUCCUCUCGCUGACAAUGCAAGAAAAUAUAUCCGCUCUGACAAGCAGCUACUCAUUUCUCUUCCUCACACUUUCCAUUACUUCCCCAUCACUGGGUGUCCCCUCUCUUUUUCCCUCUUUCCUCCCCUUCUUCCGCUCAUCAGUCAUCCUUUUCCGUUCGUCCCCUGUUUCUGUCUCCUCUCUCAUUCUUCCCCUCACAUUUCAGUCAUAAUAUUUUGCACCACAAUAGCAAUUUUCACCUGAGGAUCCCAAAGUGCUUUGCAAACACUGAUGCAUUUAGCCUCCCAACUCUCUUUUACGGCAGGAAACUGAGGCCCAGAGAGGUAAGUGAUUCGCCCAAGAUCACACAGCAAGUCAGUGGCAGAGCCAAAAGCAGACUUCAAAUCUGCAGACUCCCAGUCACCUGCUGUUACCACCAGACCAGGCUUAUCUUUCCCUCCUUCUUCUCUCAUUUACUCCCUCCCUCUUUCACUGUCUCCUGUUCUUCUCUGUCCACGCCUGUCUUUCUUUCGGCUGUCUCAGUUCUGCUCCCUAAGUUCUCAUCCUUCCUUCCCAGGGUCUUAGAGAGUUGAAUCUUACCUAAUCAAAGUGUCUUCCUUGCUUUCCGGGUACAGCUAUUUAGUAGUGAUAAGAAAUUAUAUCUACACAGCACAAGUUUAAUGGUCCAUUUGUAUAAACAAAGGACCUGAUACUGAAAGAUGCUGCACACUCAGCACUUUCGCUGAAGGGUCAAGCCCCAAAAUACUGAAGAUUACCAGUAAAAGGAAAGAACAGGCUCCAUCCCACCUUUCCUCCUACCCUAUCAUGAUCCUGGGCCUUGUCAAUAAAAUUUCCUCCUGUUCCUAGCCCCAUUUGCACUCUUCAGAGUUAGCAAUGUUGGGGGAGCUAAUGUAGACUGAGUUCUGGUUGGCAUCACCAUUUUUAGCAUUGUGACCCUGUUUCCCAGUUACUCCAUUCCCACACCUGGCACAGGAAUGGGGUGGCCAAAAGGCAAAGGUGGUCUUUUGUCACCUUUGUGCUCCCCAUAUUCAGAGCUGCUCUAACUUAAACUCUGCUUCCCAUGCCUUCUGUAAGCCCUGGGAAACAAAGAACAGCUGUAGCUCUGUUUACUAAGCUACAUCCCCUGCCCCAUUCUCAGCAUCCCACUCCAUGACCCCAACAUCAGGGGCUGGGAGCAUAGCUGUAUCAGGCUAGUUCUAUAUUGGCUAGGAGACCCAUUUUGCAGGGGUAUCUUUGGGGUGCUGUUUCUCCUCCCCAUAAGGCCCCUUUAUGCUGCCUGACCAUGGUAAAGGUGCCUUAGUGUAAUGCCAGAUUGGCCCUGUGUCAUCUAAUCCUGCUCAGAGCAGGUCUAAAUGACACACUGGUUAAAACAGCAGUGGCACCUCAUGACACAUCUACAACAGGGUACUCUACUACCCAUGGAGCUGAACUGCGGUUAGCAACACUAGACAAGGCUCUAGGCUCUGUCAGUGGCAUUCCUGCUUUCCCAUCUGGGGCGUCAGCCUUUUUUAAACAUUUCCUAGCUCCAAGAUUUGAACGAAUCAAAGGCGGCUGGCCGUUCUCAGGAACUGCAAAGGAUUCAUCUCAGAAUGCAAACCUGCAUCCAAUGAGUGAUCGUCUAACACUGAACAAGACCUAGAAAUGUUGUUGGGUGGAUCACGGACAUCAUGAUUAUCAGUGGCUUACAGUGGAGAUCAGAAUGCAAUAUGGUAUUUUUCAGAAACAAGGUCCACAUGGCAAAUAAAUAAGAAGCACUGUCCACUAAGGAAUUGUUAAAAAUGCUUACUCCCAAAUCAGUUUCUUAUAUAUCUACUUGUAAUUUUGAAAUCUGUACUGUCUGUUUGGUAUGUGUAGAUCAGAUCUGUAUCUAUACAUAUACAUUGAUUUCUUAUGGCAUUGACUGUUGCAUCAUGUAAAAAUCCUUUUGGUUUAA